AUGGGUGAUGCGCUCUGUGGCCCGUCGAACGCGCUUCAGAACUUCCAGAAGCAUGCGUCGACCGACCGGACUCUUCAGCAGGAUCGGUUGACUACCAGGCAUUCUGCGAAUCAACAGGGUUUCCGAUCUCAAAACCCUCACGAUGGGAUCCUCGACCCCGAGUUCGCGGCCUUCGAAGCCAACCAUGGAGGCCCACCGCUCCAAGACUUGCAACACCCGGCUCAUUUCAGAGGACCGGCACAGCUUCCCCAUGCGCCCUAUCCAACUGCCAACUGGGCAUCGGACUUCCAAAAUCUACAUAUCUCCGGGCCAUCGGCCCCGCAAGUACAUACCCCGCCUGUCGCGCAGGCCCCGGGAGGAUGGCAUCAGGAAUUUUUGAAGCAGCAACAGCAACAGCCUACGCCAGCGCAGCACAUGCAAGCUCAGCCAAUGGCCAAUCGCGGAUUCCAGCCCACUUUUGCACCUAGUUACGGAGCCUUCAAUACCCCGAUGAACAUGCAACAGCAAAUGCCGCAGAACACACAGCAAAGCUCUCAAGCUCCAAGUGAGCAGUUUGACGACGCCGCCUUUGAAGCUGCAUUCGACCAGGCCCGGGCAAAUCUAGAGCACCUUCUUGAAUCCGAGGUCUCAAGCCAAACCGAAACAUCUUUUGAGGAGAUGAGCCAAGCUGACCCCGGAACCGUCCUUCCCGAUGAAGUACUCGAGCCCGAAAUUCGCAUUGGAUCCGACAGAAUCGGUCCAGGGCAGGUGAAGGAAGAUCCACUGGAACGUAUCCACGACAACGACGCUCUGGCUCAGACCGCCGGACAACUCAUCGACAACCUUCGUCACGAACAGAGCAAGAAGUUCAAGGAGAGCAGUUUCAUGGAGUUGAUGCGUCGGGUUCGAGAUCGGGAGGUUGAAGUGGAGGGAGAACAUUUCCGUGAAGUUAGUAACAACACUUAA